AUGCAAUCAUGUGGUGUGUUUCAGUUGAGGAAGUGGAGUGGGGUUAUGCUUAUAUGGAAAGUUGAACUUUUGCAACCAAGGAAUGGAGUGGGGUCUCUGCUUACGUGGAAAGUUGAACUCUUGCCAAUAUGGAGAAGACAACGAAAACUUGACAUGGCCCAACGAAGUUCUUUGCAGAGUGGGAAGCAAGAUGGAAUAGUAGAGUGUGUAUUGAUAUUGGGUGGACGGUUGACAAAUGAUUACAACGAGCAAAGUGCGAUAGAUGAUAGGAACGGAGUGACAAGCAUUACGUGGUUUUGGUGUGGCUUUUUGGCUAAUGAAAUGGGGGUUAGUGUGGGUCAACUCAAUCUUCUCAACAAGACAGUUAGGCACUAG